CCAGGCCGGCGUGUCACGUGGCCGAGCGGCGUCCGGGGCGCGGAGCUGCGGGCCGUUGGGCAUGGACUCUCAGAUCGCCGGGGCCCCGGCGCUGGGGGCGGCGGAGCCGCCGCCGGGUCUGCCGGUGCUGAGCACGCGGGAGGCGCCUCCCCGCUUGGGGGCUGCCUUUGCCCCAGCUGGCCGCUCCGGUCAGGAGAGAGAGACCGAGAAGGCUGCGGAUCGACUAGCCAGCGGAGCACAGAGCAUCCCUCAUGAUAGUCCUGCCCACGGUGAGGGCAGCCAUUGUGAAGAGGAAGGCUUUGCUGUGGAUGACGAGGAUUCCGAUGGGGAACCGAACCCCUGGGAGCUGUCAGAAGGGGUGUCCGGCUGUCCACCCAGGGAACAGGCUGCUGAUCUUUUUAACGAGGACUGGGACUUGGAGUUGAAAGAAGAUCUAGGGAAUCCAUAUGAUGCUGACGACAUCCAGGGCUGCCUUUCUCAAGAGGUCAGACCCUGGGUGUGCUGUGCCCCGCAAGGAGACAUGAUCUAUGACCCCAGUUGGCACCAUCCACCUCCACUGAUACCCCAUUAUUCCAAGAUGGUCUUUGAAACGGGACAGUUUGAUGAUGCUGAAGACUGAGGGCAUAGCUUUUGCCUGGUGAGUGGGUGGGCCCUCCAGGUCAACGUCUCCUUUCUUUGAGGUGAGAUGUCAUAUCUGAGGAAACAUUCCCAGUGAAUCCCGAGUCGGGCACACAGACUGGUGUUAAAUAAGGCCCUCUGUCCCCCAGUUCUGUUGUUGUUGUUGUUUUUAAUGAGCUCCUCCUUGGAAUGUGUGAGUGUUUAUGUCUGUGUCGGGAAGGAAUGGUGUUCUUUAUAAAUAAAAGUAGAAAAAAAAACCA